AUGACUUGGUUUAACGUUCUGUCAUGGAAUGUAAAAAAUUUAUUGACAAUGGAAAAUCCAAACAAAGUUUUGGAUGUCGUUCAACAGGAUUACAGUCAUCAUCACAUUCAAAAUAGAGAAGAUUCAUUAGUUUUAUACACGCCGAAUAAUAGAUCAAAUAAUUACGAAUUAGUUUUACAUCGACCUUAUAAUGAAUCGCUAACGGAAGCAUAUAGCCUUUGUCGAUGUAUCGAUUCCGAAACUGCACAGAGAAAAUUUUUGCUUUAUAAAGAUAAACUACCCACGAUUGUGUCAAUAAAAAAAGAUUUAUAUAAUUCAGCACAAAUUCAAAAGAUAUGUGAUAUGAUAUCUGAACAUCCUUGUUGGAAUCUUGCACACGUCACCGUACAUUUAGGACUUACAGAUUUAAUAUCGAAUGCUAAAGUAAAAGAAUUUAUUAAUGUCGAAGAAGCUGAGACUGGGUUGUCGCCUCUUCAGUUGGCUAUUCAAGAUCAAAAUAUAAGAAUGGUUCAAGCGUUGUUAAAUAAUGAUGCAUCUUUAAAUCAUUUCGACAAUGAUGGUUGUUCUGUUCUUCAUUAUGCUGCUAUCACAAACAAACAAAUAAUCAAUCUGCUUUGUGAAAAUUCCAUAAUGACAAUUAACAGCAGAAAUGGUGAAGGACGUACUCCUCUUCAUGUCGCUUGCUAUGCAGACAAAAGAGAUUGCGUUCAUGCUUUGUUAGAAGCUGGAGCAGAUGUAAAUAUAUCAGUUAUAGAAAGAAGGUCUUCACUUUUGACUCCUGGUUGUGUAGGUCCCAUAAAGAAUUUUCCCAAAACGUUACACGGUGACGAUAUUAAAAAUGGCGGAACUCCACUUCAUUGGGCAUGUUCAAGAGAAGUUAUAGAAGCUUUAGUGAACAAAAAUUGUGAUAUAAAUAGUUUAAAUUUUGAUCAGAGGACUGCUUUACACAUAAUGGUUUUGAGAAACAGACUAGAGUGUUUAGUUACUUUAUUAAGUUACAGAGCAGAUUGUAAUAUCGGAGAUAAGGAUGGUAACAGUCCGCUUCAUUUGGCUGUGCAAGAAAAUAAUGAAGCUUGUGUUAAAGCUUUGAUAGUUUUCGGAGCUGAUACUUGUUAUGUAAAUAAUAAUGGAUGUACUCCGAGGCAUCUUGUCGAUUGUGAGUCUGAAAUAGGAAGGAGAAUUUUAUAUGUAUUGCAUUCAGUAGGAGCUCCCAGAUGCUCAGACACACAAAUAUCAUGCAACAUUGGAUGCAAAUACGAUGAAAGUUUUUCCGGAACAGCAUCUUUCUUGCCCGUUUCCCUUCCCGCACGUGAUUAUUUAGAUUCCCUUUUGUCAUUACAUACAUUAGACGUUGAAAAGAAAAAAGGGGGUAAAUUGUUGUGUUUAGACGGAGGCGGGAUAAGAGGUUUAGUUUUGAUUGUCAUAUUAAUGGAAUUAGAAAAAUAUUUGGAUCGUCCCAUUUUAGAAUGUUUCGAUUGGAUAGCGGGAACGAGUACGGGAGGUAUUUUAGCUUUGGCUUUGGCUACAAAGAAGCCAUUAAUAGAUUGUUUGUGUUUGUAUUUUAAAUUAAAGGAUAAUACAUUUUAUGGUAAGAGACCUUACGACACGGAAAAAUUUGAAAAUUUAUUGAAAGAAACGUUUGGAAAAUACACAACAAUGGCUAAUAUAAAAAAUCCAAAAUUAAUGAUAACAUCGACCGUCGUUGAUCAUCUUCCGGUGGAUCUUCACAUAUUUAGAAAUUAUGCAUCCCCUUCUGAAAUAUUAAACAUCCCUUGCGGAGAUCCCCUUUUCAAAUCGAGUCCUCCUCAUGAAAAUUAUCUGUGGAAAGUUGCACGAGCGACGGGUGCUGCUCCCACGUAUUUCCGAGCAUCGGGUAAAUAUUUAGAUGGAGGAUUAAUUUCUAAUAACCCGACCCUGGAUGCUUUGACGGAAAUCGAAGAAUUAAAUGCGGCAUUGACGGCCGUAGGGUUGGAAGAAGAAAUUCUAAGGGUUAAUCUCGUCGUAUCACUCGGUACGGGUAUAAUGCCUGUGGAAGCUUUGAAAGGAGAAGUAGACAUAUUCAGGCCGUCGAGUUUGUGGGACGCGGGAAAAUUCGUUUUCGGCGUCACGACGAUGGGAGUCAUAUUGACGGAUCAAGCGACUCAAGCCGAGGGUAGAGUCGUGGAUCGAGCUCGCUCUUGGUGUUUUUCGACAAAAGUCCCCUACUAUCGAUAUUCCCCGCAAUUGUCGCAAAAAGUCGAAUUGGACGAAAAAAAUAACGAAAUACUAACGAACAUGCUUUGGGAAACGAAAGCUUACAUGCAUUCAAAAACGGAUGAAAUUAAAAAAUUAGCCAACAUAUUAAAAAAUUUAAGUUAG